AUGGCGAAAGAGGAUGAUGAUGAUAAGAAAGCCAAGAAAGGGAAGAAGGGAAAGAAGGCUCCAGAGCCGGAGAAACCAAAACGGAGCUUAAAGGGGACGUCCCGACUGUUCAUGGGCUUCCGUGAUCGCACGCCCAAGAUCUCCAAGAAGGGACAGUUCCGAAGUGCAUCAGCUUUCUUCUGGGGCCUCCACACCGGCCCACAGAAGACAAAACGCAAGAAGAAGGCUCGGACCGUGCUCAAGUCUACAUCGAAGCUCAUGACGCAGAUGCGGAUGGGCAAGAAGAAGCGCGCCAUGAAGGGCAAAAAGCCAUCCUUCAUGGUGAUCCGCUUCCCUGGCCGCCGUGGCUACGGCCGGCUGCGGCCGCGCGCUCAGUCGCUCAGCAAGGCCUCUACAGCCAUCAACUGGCUCACUAAGAAGUUCCUCAUCAAGAAGGCCAAGGAGUCCGGCAGCGAGCAGGCCACGCUGGAUGCCUGGCUCAACCGCUCUGGCUCGCGUGGCUCCCGCAAGCUGCCCUUCCCAUCGGGCGCCGAGAUCCUGCGCCACGAGGGUGGCCUGCGCCGCUUUCCACGCAGCCACAGCAUCUACGAGUCCCGAGAAUCUGUCGGCUUCCUGCCCUUGGAGGACGAGGCCCCAUUCAGGCCCUCUGGCUCACGCAGGUCGCUGUUUGGGCUCGAGGGCUUCCAAGACCUGGGUGAGUACUACGACUACUACCGCGAGGGUGACGACUACUAUGACCAGCAGUCGCUGUACCAGUACGAGGAGCAGGAGCCCUACCUGGCCGCGUACAGCCCUUACAGCCCAGCCUGGCCUCUUUACGGCAGCGACCCCUACUAUGGGUACCCAGCCGAGGACCUCUAUGACUACUACUCCACCGGCUCUUACGGAGCCUCCUACCCACCCUACCCUUACAGCUACAGCUAUGGUUAUGAUGACUACGAGCCUCCAUAUGCACCCCCAUCAGGGUAUGCAUCUCCCUACAGCUACUAUGAUGGGUAUGAUGAUGAGGCUUACCCGUACAGCUACUACCUGGACCCUUACACGCCUUACCCGCCCUAUGACCCUCACGACAUGCCCUACCCACCCUAUGACCAUCCUUUCAACAGCCCCUACGACGUACCUUAUUUUGAUCCCUAUGGGGUCCCCUACAACAUUCCCUAUGCCGAAGGCAGCUAUGGGGGCGGAGCAGAGGCCGUCUGCCCCCCUGAAAUACCCCACCUUUACCCGGAUCAGUCGACUUUCAUGUACCCGUGGGUUCCACCACCCAUAUCAUCGCCCCACAACCCAUAUGCCCACCCCAUGGACGACAUUGCAGAGCUAGAAGAACCCGAGGAGGCAGAUGGAGCGCGACAGAGCACCUCCUUCCGCCUGCCCAGUGCCGCCUUUUUCGAGCAGCAAGGCAUGGACAAGCCGGCCAGGUCCAAGCUGUCCCUCAUUCGAAAGUUCCGCCUCUUCCCGCGGCCCCAGGUGAAGCUGUUUGGAAAGGAGAAGCUGGAGGUGCCCCUCCCGCCCUCCCUGGACAUCCCACUGCCCUUGGGGGAAGCAGACGAAGAGGAGGACGAGGAGGAGAUACCCCCAGUGCCCUAUAGACACCUCUACUGGAGCUUCCUCACGCCGCAACAGCGCAACCUGCAGCGUGCGCUAUCGGCCUUUGGGGCCCGUCGCAACCUGGGAUUAGGGCCCGAAUUUGACGCCCCCUCCGCAAGGCCAGCCACCUCACUGGCUCGCUUUCUCAAGAAGACGCUGUCGGAGAAGAAGCCCAUCCCGCGGCUAUGGGGCAGUCAGAAAGCGCCAGCAGCAGUGCCGGCGGUCCGAGAGGCGGCCUACAAGCGCUUUGGCUACAAGCUGGCAGGCAUGGACCCAGAGCGGCCCACCACACCCAUCACGCUGCGGCGUGUGCAGCCACGCACGCGCAACAACAACAACUCCUGCACUCCGCCUGCGCCGGCAUCCUGGGGGGCGCUCCUGCCGCCGCCUGUCCUGCGCCAGGCUCCCGCGCCCCUGAUCCCGCAGAGGCCGGCUUCACCGCCCGGUUCCCUCCAUCGACACCCGCCGCCUUGGGCCGCUCCAGCGCAUGUGCCACUUGCACCGCAGGCAAGCUGGUGGAACUUCGUGGAGCCCCCGCCCAUGUGCCCCGAAGGUGCGGCAGAAGCUCUGGCCUUCCCUGGGCCCCGGCCCUCGCUCAGAGGGUCCCGCCGCGGGCGAGGCUCGGUCUUUGGCUUCGCAGGUCGCUCACCGCAGACCUCAUACCGGCGGGGUUGGCCACCAAUGCUUUCACCGCAGCCCUCCCUACGGAGCCUACCGGGCCCUGGCUACUGCUCCCCCAGGGGGGCUCUGUCCCCACAGCCCUCCAUCCGCUCAGGCCCCUUCCAGCCACCCUUCUCACCGUCAACCCGCAGGCCCCACUCCCUUCGGGAGCCGCUAACCCCACGCCCCAGCUCCAGGCGUCUAGGCCCAUCCCGCUCCCAAGUUCUGGGCUCGCCAGGGCCGCCCACGAGAGCUGUUAGCCAGAGGCUACCUGUGUCCCCACCUCUGCUGGGCCCAGGCCUCAGGCACUGCUCCUUGAACCUGCCUUCCCGCUUUGUACCGUCGUCGUGGAAACGGUUUAGUGAGCAACCUACUAGGGCAGUGAAGCCCCAGACGCGCACACCCUUCCAUCGGCCCCACGGCUCAAGGCACUGGCCAGUAGGACGGGCUGCCCCUGAGCAUCAGAAAUCAGAAAAAGAGGACUCAGAGACUCUGUGGACGGUGCCGCCACUGGUCCCCAGCUGGGAUGUGGACAUGCCUCCCACUCAGCGUCCACCCUCCCCCUGGUCAGGGGUCGUGAGCACCCGCAAGGGCUUACCUAGGCCUCCUCUUGUGUCAGAAAACCCAUUCUUGGAGCAUAUGGGUCCUGUGCUGCCCCCUCCUCCCCAGGUGGAGGACCCAGCCUCUGAGUCAACCGAUGUCCUUCUGGGCAAGCACUGUGAGCCAGGGCCAGGACAGCUCCCCAGAUCUGCAGCCCUAAGCCCUGAGAAGCCAGAAGAAGCCAUUCUGGUGGACUCCCAGAGACCAGCUGAGCCUGAGCCUCCAUUGGUAACACCCCCCAAGGAUCUCACCCCAGAGCAGAAGUCACUAAAGCCCAGCCUCUCCCAUCCAUUGGCUGCGUGUGACCAGAAAAGGGCCGUGUGGCCCCCAUGGCACCAUCGGAUGACAAUGCCCAGAGUCCUGGCCCCCUUGGCACCCACUGGGACCCCAGGGCCCCUGCCUGAGCGGGGAAAGCGGCACCAGGUCGGGCCUGGACGCUGUGCAGUGGUCACACCUUGGGUGCAAAAGCUGAGCUCCUUCCAGCAAGUGGGGUCUGCCACCCUGCAACACCCUGUCCAGCCAGCCCAGGACUCCCAGCCCAACCCAGAGCCAAGAGCCUGUAGUCUUCACUGGGCCCAUCUCUGGCAGCCAGCAAAGGCCCACCAAGCCUGGCCAAGAGUUCAUACUUGCCCUCCAUCCCGCCGCUUGGGCCCUAAAGCUACUAGCCUGCCCUGUGGGCUCCUCUGGAAAAAAGUUGACCCCCAAAGCUGGCAGAAUAAGAUGCACUCCAUCCGCAACCUGCCGUCCAUGCGGUUCCGUGAUCAAGGGGAGGCUGGUGUGGAGGACAUGACGCAGCUGGAAGACCUCCAGGAGGCCACUGUGCUGUCCAAUAUCAAGACUAGAUUUGAACAGAACCUCAUCUAUACAUACAUCGGCCGCAUCCUAGUGUCGGUGAACCCAUACCAGAUGUUUGGGAUCUAUGGACCAGAGCAGGUGCAGCAGUACAAUGGGAGGGCACUGGGAGAAAACCCACCACACCUCUUUGCAAUUGCGAAUCUCGCCUUCGCCAAAAUGCUCGAUGCCAAACAGAACCAAUGUAUAAUCAUCAGUGGAGAAAGUGGCUCUGGCAAAACUGAGGCCACGAAGCUGAUUCUGCGCUACCUGGCCGCCAUGAACCAGAAGCGGGGCAUCCCACAGCAGGUGGGUAUCCUGGAGGCAACACCUCUCUUGGAAUCCUUUGGUAACGCCAAAACUGUAAGGAACGACAACUCCAGCCGCUUUGGAAAGUUCAUGGAGAUCUUUUUGGAAGGGGGUGUGCUCUCUGGUGCCAUAACCUCCCAGUACCUGCUGGAGAAAUCCAGGAUUGUGUUUCAGGCCAAAAAUGAACGGAACUAUCACAUCUUCUAUGAGCUGCUGGCUGGUCUACCCGCCCAGCAAUGCCAGACCUUCAGCCUACAGGAGGCCGAGACCUACUACUACCUGAACCAGGGUGGGAACUGUGAGAUUGAGGGGAAGAGUGAUGCGGAUGACUUCCGGCGGCUCCUGGAGGCCAUGGAGGUGCUGGGCUUCAGCAGCGAGGACCAGGACAGCAUCUUCCGCAUCUUGGCUUCCAUCCUGCACCUGGGCAAUGUCUACUUUGAGAAGUAUGAGACAGAUGCUCAGGAGGUGGCUUCGGUGGUAAGCGCCCGGGAGAUCCAGGCUGUGGCGGAGCUGCUGCAGAUCUCCCCCGAGGGCCUGCAGAAGGCCAUCACCUUCAAAGUGACCGAGACACUGAGAGAGAAGAUCUUCACACCUUUGACUGUGGAGAGUGCAGUGGAUGCCAGGGACGCCAUAGCAAAGGUCUUGUAUGCAUUGCUGUUUGGCUGGCUCAUCACCAGGGUGAAUGCACUGGUGUCUCCCCGGCAGGACACAGUGUCCAUCGCCAUCCUGGACAUCUAUGGCUUCGAGGACCUGAGCUUCAACAGCUUUGAGCAGCUGUGCAUCAACUAUGCAAACGAGAACCUUCAGUACCUUUUCAACAAGAUUGUCUUCCAGGAAGAGCAGGAGGAGUAUGCCCGUGAGCGGAUUGACUGGCAGGAAAUCACAUUUGCCAACAACCAGCUCUGUAUCAACCUCAUCUCACUGAAGCCCUAUGGCAUCCUGCGCAUCCUCGAUGACCAGUGUUGCUUUCCCCAGGCCACAGAUCACACAUUCCUGCAGAAGUGCAACUACCACCAUGGCACCAACCCACUCUACUCCAAACCCAAGAUGCCACUGCCUGAGUUCACGAUCAAGCACUACGCAGGCAAGGUCACUUACCAGGUGCACAAAUUCCUGGAUAAAAACCAUGACCAAGUACGCCAGGAUGUGCUGGACCUGUUUGUAAGGAGCCGGACACGGGUUGUGGCACACCUCUUUGCCAGUCAUGCCCCGCGGGCUGCCCCUCAGCGCCUGGGCAAGAGCGGCUCAGUCACCCGACUUUACAAGGCACACACAGUGGCUGCCAAGUUCCAACAGUCUCUUUUAGACCUGGUGGAAAAGAUGGAGAGGUGUAGCCCCUUGUUUGUGCGUUGCCUGAAACCCAACCAAAAGAAGGAGCCAGGCCUCUUUGAGUCAGAGGUCGUAAUGACACAGCUGCGCUACUCAGGGGUGCUUGAGACUGUGCGUAUCCGAAAGGAGGGCUUCCCAGUGCGGCUGCCAUUCCAGGCAUUUGUUGACAGGUACCGUUGUCUAGUGGCCCUCAAGCAUAGCCUGCCAGCUAAUGGGGACAUGUGUGUGUCAGUGCUGAGCCGCCUGUGUACUGUUGUGCCUAACAUGUACCGAGUCGGAGUCAGCAAGCUGUUUCUUAAGGAACAUCUGUACCAGCUGCUGGAGAGCAUGCGGGAGCGGGUCCUGCACCUGGCAGCCCUCACACUGCAGCGCUGCCUCCGGGGCUUCUUCAUCCAGCGGCGAUUCCGCUCCCUUCGCCAUAAGAUUAUCCUGCUACAGAGCCGGGCCCGCGGCUACCUGGCCAGGCAACGAUAUCAGCAGAUGAGGAGGAGUCUGGUGAAGUUCCGGUCCCUGGUGCACUCAUACAUAAACCGCAGGCGCUACCUCAAGCUGAAGGCAGAGCUGAGGCACCAGGAGGAGGAGGCGUGGCUUCGGGAGCAGGAGGAGCUGAACAAGCGUGAGGUGGUGGCUGUGGGACACCUGGAGGUACCUGUGGAGCUGGCUGGGCUCCUGCGGGCAGCAGCAAGUAUGUCUGUGCUGGAUGUGGCCCAGGUGGCCCCCAUUCGGACUCCUCGGCUCCAGGCUGAGCCCCGUGUCACGUUGCCCCUGGAUAUCAACAACUACCCCAUGGCCAAGUUUGUUCGGUGUCAAUUCAAGGAACCCUCCUUUGGGAUGCUAACAGUGCCUCUGAGGACCCCUCUCACGUGGCUGCCGGCAGAACACCACAGGGAAGCCCUGACCAUCUUCAAACUGGUUCUGCGUUUUAUGGGUGAUCCCCACCUGCACAGUACCCGGGAGCAGGUCUUCGGGAACUACAUUGUACAGAAAGGGCUGGUGGUGCCUGAGCUACGUGAUGAGAUCCUGGUACAGCUGGCCAACCAGGUGUGGCGCAACCCCAAUGCCUACAAUGCUGAGCGGGGCUGGCUCUUGCUGGCCACCUGCCUCGGCAGCUUCGCACCUUCCUGGCGCCUUAACAAGUACCUCCUCAAGUUUGUGUCUGAUUACGGGCAGAAUGGCUUUCAGGCUGUGUGUCAGCAGCGCCUCAUGCAGGCUAUGGGCCGGGCCCAGCAGCAGGGCUCCGGGGUCGCCCGAACCUUCCCCCCGACCCACCUUGAGUGGAGAGCUGCCCAGGAAAAAGCCAGCAUGGCACUAGAUGUGGGCUGCUUCAAUGGAGACCAGUUUUCCUGCCCAGUGCACUGCUGGAGUACAGGGGAAGAGGUGGCUGGAGACAUCCUAAGGCACAGGGGACUGAUUGAUGGCUGGCGGGGCUGGACGGUAGCCAUGAAGAACGGGGUCCAGUGGGCAGAGUUGGCUGGCCAUGACUACGUGUUGGACGUGGUGUCAGACCUAGAGCUACUCAGGGACUUCCCGCGGCAGAAGUCCUACUUCAUCGUGAGCACAGAAGGGUCCACAGCUGGCAGAGGAGGCCCCAGAGUGAUGUUUGGGAGCAGCUGGGACUCAGAUGAGGAUGCACCCAUGAAGCCCCAGCCCCAAGGGCAUGUGCCCCAAGUGUCUGAUGCCUGUGGGUACUGCAGCCACAAUGAGGAUGGUACACCUGGGGAGACUGAGGCCCAGGGAGGGACAGUGACCCACUCACACCAGUCAGCGAUGGCUGCUGUCUCUGACUGGGACAGCCUUGGUGAGCCCGUGGUACCCCACAGGGGGCUGGACUGCUACCUUGACAGCCUUUUUGACCCCGUGCUGUCCGCCGGGGAUGUGGACCUGGAGAAACCAACAGCCAUUGCCUACCGCAUGAAGGGGGGAGGCCAACCUGGUGGAGAUGGCAGCAGCAGCACUGAAGACACCCCCGGCAGACACCCAGAGCCAAAGCCAAUCCCAGGCCUAGACACCUCCACUCUGGCUCUGCAACAAGCCUUUAUCCGCAAACAGGCCAUGCUACUGGCCCGGGAGAUGACGCUGCAGGCCAUGGUACUCCAGCCACAGCCCAUGGGCCCCACCCUGAGGCCCCUGUCCCCUGAGAAACCCUUAGUUCUGGAAGCAUGGCCAAAGUCUGUGGGCACUGGACCCCCGGCCAAACCCGUGCUCCUGCGCUCCACCCCAAGGCCUGUGGCCCCAGCACCCCCAACCAAGGACCCCAAGCCCCCCCACAAGCCCACAGCAGUCCCCGUUCUAACUCAGGACCAAACUUCUCCAGAAACCAGUGAGUCUCCCCCAGAGCUGGUCCGGCAUUCAACGCUCAACUCAGAGCACAUCACUCAACCCACGCAGCAGAUCAAGAAUAUUGUGAGGCAGUACCAGCUGCCCCGGGGUGGCAAACCCCAGGCCCUCAGGAAGGAUGGUGGCAAAGUGUUUAUUAAGCGGCCAGACCCCCAUGAGGAGGCCUUGAUGCUCUUGAAGGGACAGAUGACUCACCCAGCAGCAGCACCUGGUACUGAGGUGCCCAGGGAGGCCAUUGCCUUGGUGAAGCCAGUGACCUGUGUACCAGGGCCAUCUGUGGAGCCCACUCCAGUGCUGCCCUCCCGGUCACUGGAGCCCUUAGAAGAACCUGUGCAGACAAGACUACACCACCUUAGCAACCCCAACUUCUAUGGCUACCGGGAUGCCCCAUGGCGGAUCUUCCUGCGUAAAGAGGUAUUUUACCCCAAGGACAGCUACAACCACCCAGUGCAUCUAGACCUCCUGUUCCGGCAGAUCCUGCACGACACACUCUCUGAGGCCUGCCUUCGAAUCUCCCAGGAGGAGCGGCUCAGAAUGAAGGCCCUGUUUGCCCAGAACCAACUGGAUACACAGCGGCCCCUGGUAACAGAGAGCGUGAAGCGGGCCGUGGUCAGCACUGCACGUGACAACUGGGAGGUCUACUUUUCCCGCCUCUUUCCUGCCACGGGUAGCGUGGGCACUGGCGUGCAGGUGCUAGCAGUGUCUCACAUGGGCAUCAAACUCCUGCGGAUGGCCAAGGGCAACCAGGAGACCAGCGGGCAGCUGCAGGUUCUUCGCACAUACAGCUUUGCAGAUAUCCUGUUUGUGACCAUCCCCUCCCAGAACAUGCUGGAGUUCAACUUAACCAGUGAAAAGGUCAUUCUCUUCUCAGCCAGAGCUCACCAGGUCAAGACCUUGGUAGAUGACUUCAUCCUGGAACUGAAGAAGGGCUCCAACUAUGUGGUGGCUGUGAGAAACUUCCUGCCUGAGGACCCAGCACUGCUGGCCUUCCACAAGGGUGACAUCAUCCACCUGCAACCCCUGGAGCCACCCAGAGUGGGCUACAGCUCUGGCUGUGUGGUCCGGAAGAAGGUCGUUUAUCUAGAAGAGCUUCGGCGUGGAGGCCCUGACUUCGGCUGGAGAUUUGGGACCGUCCAUGGACGUGUGGGCCGCUUCCCCUCAGAGCUGGUGCAGCCCGCAGCUGCCCCGGACUUCCUGCAGCUGCCAGCUGAGCCGGGCAGGGGCCGAGCUGCUGCGGUGGCUGCUGCGGUGGCUUCCACAGCCGCAGCUCAGGAGGUGGGCCGCUGGAGAGAGGGUCCUUCACCCAGGGUGGGCUCCCUCGAUCGCCAGGAGGGCACCCUGGCUCCUCCACAGCACACUAUGCUGGAGUUUGCCCAGAAGUAUUUCCGAGACCCGCAGAGGAGACCACAAAAUGGCCUCAAGCUGAAAUCCAAGGAGUGUUGUCGGGAGUCCAGAACCUUGGAGGACAUGCUUUGCUUCACUAAGAUCCCACUGCAGGACUCUCUCAUCGAAUUUAACAACAGCAGCCUCAACCAGAUGGCCACGGACAUGUUCCUAGCUGUGAUGAAGUUCAUGGGCGAUGCGCCGCUGAAGGGCCAGAGUGAACUGGAUGUACUCCGGACCCUCCUGAAGCUGUGUGGGGACCAUGAGGUCAUGCGAGAUGAGUGUUACUGCCAAAUUGUGAAGCAGAUCACGGACAACACCAGCUCCAAGCAGGACAGCUGUCAGCGAGGUUGGCGGCUGUUGUCCAUCAUGGCCGCCUACCACAGUUGCUCCGAGGUAUUCCAGCCUUACCUCCUCCACUUCCUCCGAGACAAGAGCCAGGCUCUGGGCCUGCCCUUCCAGGGUAUCGCCAAGGCCUGUGAGCAGAACCUGAAGAAAACCUUGCGGUUUGGUGGCCGCCUGGAGCACCCAAGCAGCAUGGAGCUUCGAGCCAUGUUGGCUGGGCGGAGCUCUAAAAGGCAGCUCUUCCUUCUCCCUGGAGGCCUGGAACGCCAUCUCAAAAUCAAAACGUGCACAGUGGCCCUGGAUGUGCUAGAGGAGAUUUGUGCUGAGAUGGCUCUGACACGCUCUGAGGCCUUUGACGAGUACGUCAUCUUCAUUGUCACCAACCGAGGCCAGCAUGUGUGCCCACUCAGCCGCCGUGCCUACAUCUUGGAUGUGGCCUCAGAGAUGGAGCAGGUGGAAGGUGGCUAUAUGCUGUGGUUCCGGCGUGUGCUCUGGGAUCAGCCACUCAAGUUUGAGAAUGAGCUAUACGUGAUGAUGCACUACAACCAGGUUCUGCCUGACUACCUGAAGGGCCUUUUCAGCAGCAUGCUGCCCCGCCGGCCCAGCGAGCAACAGCUGCAGCAAGUGUCCAAAUUGGCAUUACUACAGCACCGUACCAAGGACCGCUUCUAUCUGCCCAGUGUGCGGGAAGUCCAGGAGUACAUCCCAGGCCAGCUCUACCACACAACAGCCGGCUCCACCUGGCUCAGCCUAGUCAGCCAGCACUGGCAGCAGACACAGGCACUCAGCCCCCACCAAGCUCGUGCCCAGUUUCUAGGCCUCCUCAGUGCCUUGCCCAUGUUCGGCUCUUCCUUCUUCUUCGUUCAGAGCUGUAGCAAUAUGGCUGUGCCAGCCCCUUGCAUUCUUGCUGUCAACCAUAAUGGCCUCAACUUCCUCAACACCGAGACCCACGAGCUGAUGGUGAAGUUCCCUCUGAAGGAGAUCCAAUCAACCCGGACCCAGCGGCCCACGGCCAACUCCAGCUACCCCUACGUAGAGAUCUCACUGGGGGACGUGGCAGCCCAGCAUACCAUGCAGUUGCAGCUGGAACAGGGCCUGGAGCUGUGUCGAGUGGUGGCCGUCCACGUGGAGAACAUGCUCAGUGCCCGAGAGAAGCGACUUACGCUGCCCCCCAGUGAGAUCACCCUGCUCUGA